CUGCGCAGCGACGGUGCGCAUGCGCGAUUCCUGAGGCAAGGGCGGUACCGUCGCGCGUGGAAAGAUGGUGAAGCUAACGGCGGAGCUGAUCGAGCUGGCGGCGCAGUACACCAACGCCGUGCGGGACCGGGAGCUCGACUUGCGCGGAUACAAGAUUCCUGUGAUUGAGAACUUGGGCGCCACUCUGGACCAGUUUGAUGCUAUUGACUUCUCUGACAAUGAGAUCCGGAAGCUGGAUGGGUUCCCCCUGCUGAGGAGACUGAAGACAUUGCUGAUGAAUAAUAACAGGUUAAGCCGAAUAGGCGAGGGACUUGAACAGUCUUUGCCAAAUCUGAAGGAACUCAUUCUUACCAACAAUAACAUUAUGGAGCUGGGCGAUCUUGAUCCCUUGGCAACAAUUAAAUCACUAACUUACCUGAGUAUUCUGAGAAACCCCGUAACGAAUAAAAAGCAUUACAGGCUGUAUGUCAUCUUCAAGGCCCCACAAGUCAGAGUUCUGGACUUCCAGAAAGUGAAAUUAAAAGAGCGUCAGGAGGCAGAGAAAAUGUUCAAGGGCAAACGGGGUGCACAGCUUGCAAAGGAUAUUGCCCGGAGAACCAAAACUUUCAAUCCAGGUGCCGGUUUGCCAGCAGACAAAAAGAAAGCCGGGCCUUCUCCAGGAGAUGUGGAAGCUAUCAAGAAUGCCAUCGCUAAUGCCACAACUCUGGCUGAAGUAGAGCGGCUCAAAGGAUUGCUGCAGUCUGGACAGAUACCUGGCAGAGACCGAAAAGCAGGCCUGUCAGAUGAAGUUGAAGAAGAAAUGGAGGAAGACACAAUGGCCAAUGGAUCAUAAAACAGUUUUUGCCUCUGGAGGGUCUGCAGAAAUCAAUUGUAUGACUUUGGGUCGUCACAUUUGGGUGUUUAAGAGUCAGAAUGCUGGUAGAGGGUUUUUUUCUUUUUUACUUUCUUCCAAGGUUCUACUGGUUUAUGUGAAUUGAAUCACAGCUUGUAAAUUUUAUACAUUCUGAAGUAUAAAUAAAACGCCUUUGUUUUUGUGCAA